AGCUAUAGGCUGCGGGCGCUCAGGGUCUCCACCCCUUCUCCCGUCUGUGCAUCUGUCCAUCCUGCUGCCGUCUGUCCCAGGCCAUGGCGAAGCUGUUGGUGCUCACCCUCUUGGGACUGGGGCUGGCAUUCUUCAGGGAUCACCGGUCUUCUUAUCUAGCAAGAAUGAACACUUCCCGAGAAGUAAAAUCGGUAGAACUUCCUAACUGUAAAUUAAUAAAAGGAAUAGAAACUGGCGCUGAAGACCUGGAGAUACUUCCUAAUGGACUCGCUUUCAUUAGUGCCGGAUUACAAUAUCCUGGAGUAAAAAGCUUUGAACCUGAUAAGCCCGGAAAAAUACUGCUGAUGGACCUGAACGAAGAGGAUCCUACAGUGUUGGAAUUGAAGAUGACUGGAAGUAACUUUGAUGCGUCUUCAUUUAACCCUCAUGGCAUUAGCACAUUCACAGAUGAAGAUAAUACUGUGUACCUGCUGGUGGUGAGCCAUCCAGAUUUUAAGUCCACGGUUGAGUUGUUUAAAUUUCAAGAAGAAGAAAAGUCACUUUUGCAUCUGAAAACCAUCAAACAUGAACUUCUGCCUAAUUUGAAUGACCUUGUCGCUGUGGGCCGUGAACACUUCUAUGCCACCAAUGAUCACUAUUUUGUUGACCAGUACAUGAGAUCCUGGGAAUUAUAUUUGGGUCUAGCAUGGUCAAAUGUUGUUUACUACAGUCCAGAUGACGUUCGAGUGGUGGCCAGUGGAUUUGAUUUUGCUAAUGGAAUCAGCAUGUCACCUGACCGCAAGUAUGUCUAUAUAGCUGAAAUGCUGGCUCAUAAGAUUCAUGUGUAUGAAAAGCAUGCUAAUUGGACUUUAACUCCAUUGAAGUCUCUGGAGUGUGACACACUCGUGGAUAACAUAUCCGUGGAUCCUGUGACAGGGGACCUGUGGGUUGGCUGCCACCCCAAUGGCAUGAAAAUCUUUUCCUAUGACCCAGAGAAUCCUCCUGGAUCAGAGGUGCUCCAAAUCCAGAAUAUUUUAGCAGAAGAACCCAAAGUUACGGUGGUUUAUGCAGAAGAUGGUAAAGUGUUGCAUGGAAGUACAGUUGCUUCUGUGUACAAGGGGAAAAUGCUGGUUGGAACUGUGUUCCAGAAAGCUCUUUACUGUGAGUUCUGACUGGCUGAUCCGUACCCCUACCCUGACAAGUGGGAGCUAUUCACUACAACUGCUUGCCACAUCUGAGGGGGCCACAGUGAUCUCAUCUCAACAGUGAACGCUGACCUGAAACUUGGACAUCACAGGAGAUGGAGAUCUGUUUAGCUGGGAACAGAUACUUCGCAUAUGGCUUUUUUGGGCGUAUAAUAUCAAAUCAGUCUUGGAAUAUCUGAAAACUUCACUUACCAAUAAAAAUCCUUUAAAUAAAAUUGCGAAAAUCAUCA